AUGGCGAGUCGGAAGCUCAAGCCUUACUUUCAAGCGCACCCCAUCAAAGUCCUAACCGGACAACCACUUCGAAAGAUCAUUGAGAGCAGAAAUCAUUCGAGCCGAAUGACUGAUUGGGCGAAUCAGUUUGCUGACUUCGGGUUAGAGUUCAAGCCACGAAGAGCAAUCAAGGCCCAGGCCCUUGCUGAUUCCAUCACCGAAUGUGCAACCCGACCCCCGGUCGGUUCACAAGAAGAAUGGGUACUGCAGGUCGAUGGUUCCUCCACGAAAAAUGGUUGUGGGGCAGGACUGGUCAUCAAACCCCCGGUCGGAGAUAAAAUUGAAUACGCUGUUAAGUUCGAGUUCCUCGGAUCCAACAACGAAGCUGAAUAUGAAGCCCUUAUCCUCGAGUUAGAGCUUUGCAUCCUGGCCGGAGCAACAUCGAUCGUAGCGAAAUCCGACUCACAGCUCAUUGUGGGUCAGGUUUCAGGAGAAUAUGAGGCCAAGGAAGAUAACAUGAGAAUGUACUUGGCCAAAGCUCGAGCUGUUAUUGGAAAGCUGUCCGGAUUUCAAAUUACCCAUAUACCCCGCUCGAAAAAUCAACAGGCCGACACUUUGGCUCGGAUGGCCAGCUCCGCUGAGGGGUCGGCCCCUCGGACUAUAACGUGGGAAGUGCUGAAGGAACCCAGCAUAAAUGCCAAAGAGCAACUCGUCCUCAAUCGUUCCUCGGACUGGAUGGACGAAAUUGUGGAGUAUUUACGAGACGAGACCCUGCCUAAUGACCCUAAAGAAGCUGAACGGGUCAAGCAUAAGUCAGGCUGGUUCCUAUGGCAUGAAGGGCAGCUCUACAAAAAGUCUUUCACUCAUCCCCUUCUCAAGUGUGUAUCCCCCGAGGAAGGAAACUACAUCCUUAGGGAAAUACACCAAGGAGCCUGUGGGAGCCAUCAAGGGGGGGAGAACAAUAGCCGGAAAGGCCUUACAAGCCGGGUAUUACUUGCCCACUUUGAAGUCAGAUGCCUCAGAUCUUGUCCGACGAUGUCCCUCUUGCCAGAUCCACUCGGACAUACCAUGAGCACCUGCCACUCCCCUCACCACGAUUCAAGCAGUGUUACCCUUCGACAAAUGGGGCAUGGACUUACUCGGUCCUUUUCCCCCAGUGUCAGGACAAAGGAAGUUCUUGAUCGUGCCAUCUACGAUUUUACCAAAUGGACAGAGGCCGAGCCGCUAGCAUCGAUAACCAAUAAGCAGGUCCAGAUGUUCAUUUGGAGAAACAUCAUCACUAGGUUCAGAAUUCCAAGGGCUCUAGUAUCGGACAACGGCAGGCAAUUUAAUAGUGGCCCGACUCGAGAUUACUGCGCUCGAUUCGGCAUUCAGACAAGGUUUUCAGCCGUCUCCCGACCCCAAACCAAUGACCAAGCCGAGUCGGCCAACAAAAUCAUCUUGAAGGGAAUCAAGAAAUCCCUUGACGCAGCUAAAGGGCAUGGGUAG